AUGGGUUUACUGUGGCUGGCAGACAUGCUGUCGGACAUGUACGUGACCUCCAAAUAUUGCAAGCAGAAGAUGUACGUCUUUGCUCUUCUGAUGAUCUUGAUUUGGCUUGGUAGCGGAUGCGUAGCUUUUGGCCACAGAUAUGUGAGCUGGAAACGAUGCGGAAUUGAAGCCAAUUCUAAGUAUUGGGGUGAAGGCUUGAAUGACCGCGGGGAACCAAAGCCCGGCUUCAAGAGCUUCGCGCUGUACGUUGCACAGAUCCAGCCUGUGAUCAUGGCUUGGGACGGUUGGCUUCAUGGCAUGACUCGACACUUGCGUGAGGAAAAGAUGUUGGCCGCGCUGGCUGAGGGUGCGCCGUCGAGUUUGUUGCAGCUUUAUGCCAUGAUGCUGGAGCCGCCCCAAGAAAAUUUGUCCGACCUGCUCAUUUUGUGCGGAUCAAUCGCUAUGUCCAUCCUGACCGUUGCGGUGGGAAUCAACAAUGCUUAUGAACUCUGCGUUCCUGAAAGUCACAAACUGGAGAAAAACAUUUUGCCACCAGGUGCCUUGCUAUGCUUCAGAUGGUGUGACAGUUUUUCGCGCAUUGGUGCUUGGGCAUUGCUGGGAAUGUGUCUUCGGCCGAUUGGUGCCAAACUUCAUGGCAUACAACAGCCGUAUUUGCCUUUGAUACUGGCAGCGGAACUGCUGUUGAUUGUAGCAGUCUUCAAAUCCCGGAGUUUUGGGCUGAACCUGGCAUGUUCUGAGCUCUUCAAGAAAGAAUUUGUCGUCAGUGUCAUGGCUAGCUUCCUUGGCACCUACUGGUGCUGCAAUACGGCAGAUUUAGCAGCCCAACAUAGGCUUUCCAGAUCUUUGCUUGCGCUCCGUCUUUUACAAACCUUGGGCACAUUGUGGUUGUGCGCUUGGUCUUUUUCCAUUGCAGUUGGAAGUGAAUGCCUUGCGGUUGAACAGCCAGCUGUGGUGAUGGUCGCUUUGCUGGUUCUGUUCACCUUUGCCUUGGCAUUUCUCACGGCACUGGCGCACGACGUCGCCAUGUCGUUGUUUGCUUUGCCCUUCUUCCCUGUCAUCGCUGGCUGGAAAGGCGGGCGCUUGGAGCUGGCAGCGCGCUUGGGCGUGGCAUCGCAGAUUCCACGCCUGCUGCGAUCAGCGGGAGGAGACGUCGAUGGCGCGGCGGCGCUGUGCCAAGCUGCUGAGGCUGGGCAGAACUCAGCAAUCCAUGCCUUGGUCGAUGCCGGGGUUUCGCUCAUUGCGAAGGUUGACAAUCGUGAAUACACUGCUGCAAUUCUUGCGGCCGAACACGGCCAUUUGGAAGUCGUGAAAUACCUACAUAGUGCCAGGUGCGACUUUAACACAGCUGCCAAUAGUGGAUACACUGCGGGAAUUUGGGCGGCCAAAAAUGGCCAUUUGCAGGUCGUGCAAUAUCUGCACAGUGCCAGGUGUGACUUUAACAGGACUGCCAAUAGUGGGUACAAUGCGGGAAUACUUGCUGCUUCCAACGGCCAUUUGGAGGUCGCGCAAUAUCUGCACAGCGCCAGGUGUGACUUUAACAAGGCUGCUAGUAAUGGAUAUACUGCAGGAAUUCUUGCUGCUUCCAACGGCCACCUGGAGGUCGUGCAAUAUCUGCACAGCGUCAGGUGUGAUUUUAAGAGGGUUGCCAAUAAUGGAUUCACUGCCGCAAGUCUUGCAGCCAAAAACGGCCAUUUGAGGGUCUUGCAAUUUCUCCGUUCUUCCGGUUGCGACUUUGGGGUGCAUUCUUUGCACGCAGCCACGGACAGCGGUCACUUGAGCGUCGUGGAAUUUCUUCUCAGUUUUGUGGAUGUUAACGCUGCUGGCAUCGGACGUGCUCAUGCUUUGGACAUCGCAAGGGCAAACGAUCCCAACGGCCCAGUGGCCAAAGCGUUGCUUCGUGCAGGUGCCGCUCCCGGCCCUGACCCCCGGCUGGUUGGGUUGACAGCCUUGAGACCGCUUGAGACACCGCCGCACGGCUACGUUUGGUUGACCUGCGGUGCAGCAAAAUUGGCCCAGUGCCGAGGCAAGUUUUAUCACGAAAUGCAGAUCUUGAGCGAGUUCCGCCGCCCUCAGCUGGGUUGGCUCAGUACAGAUUUCGAGGGUGGAGAUGAUAAAGAUGAUAAAGGCGUCGGAGAUGAUGCCAACGGCUGGGCGUUUGAUGGGCAACGGUGCUGCUGCUGGCACGGUGGGAGAAGGGAACCGCUGCAGAUCGCACCGUGGAAAGUCAACGGUGUCCUUGGCUUUGCCAUCGACCUGGACGGGGGGCAGAUGCAGCUGCGCACUGAGCAGCAAGAACUGACCAUGCCGUUCAAGGCCCACGGAGCUGUGUACCCUGCAGCAAGCAUCAAGGGUUUCUUUCGAAUGCAUCUGGCCGAAGACAGUUGGAAGCUCCAGCCGCCUCGAGAGUACAAAGAGUGGGGUCGGGGGGGCUUUUCGUGGAGCGACUAG